AUGCCGUCUACCAACCUUCGCGCUCUCGGCAUCGCGCUGUUGACGGCCCUGCCCUUAGCGUCGGCAUACACAUGUUCGGCGGGGACGUACAGUCCCACCGGCAGCUCGCCCUGUUCGUUCUGCCCACAGGGCACUUAUACCAGCAAGACCGGCGCGACGUCUUGCAAGGCCGCCCAGGCUGGUUGGUUCGCAGCUGGGCCUGGGGCCACAUCGCAGACCAUCUGCCCGUCGGGGUACUACAGCGCCACGUCUGCCAGCGCCUCUUGCACCAUCUGCCCGGCAGGAACGUACUGUAAUGGACAGGGCCGUACCUCUCCGCAGUCGUGCCAACCCGGGCGAUACUCCGCUUCGCCCGGGGCUACGCAGGAUUGCGCCAACUGCCCGAAGGGUACCUUCAAUAACGUGUAUGGUGCGACAUCGUGCUGCACGUGCUGCGCCGGGUGGUACACGGACCAGACGGGGCAGACGCACUGCUUCAACUGCCCGAACGAAGGCAGUUUCCAGCAGGGUUACUCCUCGCCCGGUGCGACGGACAAGUCGCAGUGUUCCGCCAAGAGCGGCGCGCUCUCGAGCUGCACGCAGGACUCGACCACCGGCGCGUGCCGUAAGUUUCGCUCGAGCCCGUCGGGCAACGCUCAGAGGCGCCACGUCGUGCCGCGGCAUUGCCCCCCCGGGACGAAGGCGUGUCCGACCUACGCGAAGGGCGCGCUGGGCGGGUACGAGUGCGUGAACACUCAUACGAGUCUUGAGCAGUGUGGCGGGUGCGUCGCGGCGGGCGAAAGCCUCGACGGCGUGCGGUCCGCGGAUGGCGGGAGAGACUGCAGCACGAUACCACAAGCGGAGGACGUGAGCUGUUACCGCGGCGAGUGCCAUAUCAAGACGUGCAAAGAAGGAUAUACUGUGUCGAGCGACGGAGAGCGCUGUGUCGCGGUCACGGUCGUCGGCAACCGUGGGCGGGAUGGACACCGUCGGCACAGGAAGUCGCACGGGUUGUAA